CAGUGUCAGUUACGACAGAUUUGUCACAUUCUAACCUAAAACUAAUGAAAAUCCACUACCCAGAUUUUUCAAAACUUUAGAUUCGCAGGAAUGGGUUUUAAACCUAGCAGUUGCUGUAGCUAUGGAUUAUAAAUUGUACGAAACGUGCAGCAAUGUUUACGAUUAGAUCCGCAAAGCGGAUCAGUCAGUUGUAUCCAUGGAACUGUGCGUUGACCGCGGGCAAGGUUAGACGUCCCUUUAAACAUGAAUUUGGUCCGAACUACUGUUUUAAAUGGACCGCAACUUCGUCGGCUGGCGUUAAAUUGCACCCUGAAUCCAAGGAGAAGUUGGCGAGUAGGCUGGUGAAUAGUGCACCUGCUCAAAUUCAGCCCUAUAUGAAACUCAUGAGAUUGGACCGACCGGUCGGAUCAUGGCUCUUGUAUUGGCCAGUCAGCUGGGGAAUAGCGUCUGCAGCCAGCCCUGGAUGCAUUCCUGAUUUGUAUCUGCUUACCCUGUGUGGAUUGGGGGCUGUGGUGAUGAGAGGCGCUGGGUGCACGAUUAAUGAUAUGUGGGAUAGAGAUAUCGAUGCGAAAGUGAAACGGACGAAGGACAGACCCUUAGUAAAUGGCGAUGUAUCGUUGCAAAAGGCCGUAGUUUUUUUAGCUGCUCAGUUAAGUGUCGGCUUAGCCGUUUUACUACAACUAAAUUGGUAUAGUAUAGAAUUAGGAGCGAGUUCCUUGGCUCUAGUCAUAGUCUAUCCAUUAAUGAAACGCUUCACUUAUUGGCCCCAGUUUGUAUUAGGGCUGGCUUUUAACUGGGGAGCUCUACUUGGUUACAGUGCUGUGACAGGUUCCAUUGACCCAACCAUUUGCUUGCCGCUAUAUUUUUCUGGUGUAUGUUGGACUAUAAUUUACGAUACAAUAUACGCUCAUCAGGAUAGGCUUGAUGAUUUGAGCAUAGGCAUUAAGUCCACUGCCAUCAAAUUCAAUGAGGAUACAAAAUUGUGGUUGGGUGGAUUCUCUGUGCUUAUGAUUUCUAGUUUAAUCGCAUCAGGGAUCAUGAAUGCACAAAUGUGGCCCUAUUAUGUUGCGACAGGCGCGAUUUCCGCCCAUCUGGCCCAACAAAUUGCCACACUAAAUAUAAAUAACGCUAAAGAUUGUUCAAGGAAAUUUAUAUCGAAUUCAUGGAUAGGAUUUAUUUUGUUUUGUGGCAUUGCGUUAGGAAGGUACCUCAAGGAUAACA